UGGGCGGCGGGGCCGGCGCUCACGUGGGUGUGCGGGUGUCUUUCCAGCUGGGAGCGCGGGGUGCGCUGAGUUUGGGGGGGCCCUGGCGUGGGGGACGAUGAGCGGCGGCCGGCGGAAGGAGGAGCCGACGUCGCACUCGCAGCAGCACCUGGUGGCCAACGGCGGCGGCGGCGGCGUGUUGCGGGGCUCGCUGUGGAGCAAAGCGCUGCGGAGCGACUCCGCCUGGGAGGACAAGGAUGAAUUUCUAGAUGUGAUUUACUGGUUCCGGCAGAUCAUUGCUGUUAUUUUGGGAGUGAUCUGGGGCAUUGUUCCACUGAAGGGAUUUGUGGGCAUAGCAAUAUUCUGCCUGAUAAAUGCUGGAGUCCUGUACCUCUAUUUUAGUAGCUUCCAGCAGAUAGACGAAGAAGAGUAUGGUGGAACAUGGGAACUAACAAAAGAAGGAUUCAUGACGUCUUUUGCAUUGUUUUUGGUUGUCUGGAUAAUCUUCUACACUGCCAUCCAUUAUGAUUGACAAAAUCGGCCAAAUCAGUUGUAUUAAUAGAUUGAAGAACAUUUUAAGAAGCAGCUCCUGAUGGACUGGGGGGAGGUAAAAUAAGCCAGCUUUUAUACCCUUGGUCCAAGGAGAAGAAACAAGCCUCUUGGCUUUUGAGAAGAGAAAUUGAGUCUGUCUUGAUUAAAGAAAUGUUGCUUUUGCAGAACUUUUCAAAAAAGCCAUCACAAUGUUUUGCAAAUAGUUCAAGACUGUUCAACCUUUCAGCCCUCUUUGUGACUUUAUCUGGUACACCAAUGUCAAUCUUCUGUAUUCUAAAAGGGUGACCUUAGUAAUAAUUUGUGCUCAUUACUUUGCCCACUGUGAAUGAGAUCAAUUCAAUUUGUGACUUGUCUUCCAUUCACUAGAUGUGCAGUUUUAUAACAGUAAACAUCAUGAGGCAUUUGGCAGGAAGAGAACUCUACAGAAAUUAUUUUAAGAGCAUAGAGUUUGAUGGUUGUCCUCGGCUUGUUUUAAGAAAAUUAAAGAUCUGAUCUAAAAAUUGAUUGUAUUAAGUAUUAAUGCCUUCAACUAGUUCAUUCCGGGUUUCUUAAAUUUUGGUUGCUUAGCAGUGUUACAACAAGAAUCUUCCACUUAUUUUCUAAAACUUUGUGUUUAAUUCCGUAUAGAGCACAUACUGGGACUACCUGGUUAUAUUGUUGAACAUUCACAAAUGGUCACCAUAGUUUAGGAACACAUUCAUGGUUCCGUUAGCCAACUAAUUCAGUUCUCAGAGCCUACCUCAGAGUUUAGUGGUCUAAAAUGUGCAAAGUAAUUCCAGACAUAUUUCAGAACUCAAUUACUUUGGGAUCUUUAUAGGAUUUUGAAGUUGAAACUCAACACCCACAGUAAGUUGGGCAGCUAAUGUAUUGUAUGCAGAAUUAACACUUUCAGGGUGGGAGUGGAUUGACAUACAAUUUCAGUUUUGAUGUUUGAUUAUUAAAUAAAGGUAUUAAAGAUAAUUACAUUGGUGACUAUAUGCUAGUUUAGGCUACUUAUGAUUCUUCUGUAGAACUUUUCUAAAAUAUGCAUUACUGUCUACAUGAGUAUAUUUAGAAAAUAGUCUGUUUUUGGACUAGACCCAUCUGCUCUAAUCUUAAUCUAAAAUGAAUGGGCAGAGAGGAGAUCUUUGUGCUAACAUUACAUUACAGUGAGAACUUGACUUGAGUCUUAACACACUGCGGAUUAAUUCCUAUCUCUUCUUGCUGUUCUGUUAAGCCCUCAUUUUUGCAUAUUUGAUUUAGCAAGGUUGCUUUCUAGGCACUCUCUUAAAUAACAUCUUGCCUUUUCUUCCUCAUUGAUCUGUUCUUAUAUUGGAGAAGAAUUCUGUCAUAGGAGUGGAAAAGCAGAAGUACUAUAAGUGCUGAGAGCCAUGGCAGGAGUUACUCUUGCAGGUCUUUGUUGCCACCUUACCGAAUCUUCUCUUCUGGUGUGUGGAUUAAUCUCUCUCAUUCCCUUCAUCAACCAGGAGUGACUUUUCUCCUAAGAAACUUGAUCUUUGCUUGGUUUAAGUUGCAUCUCUCGAUCAGCAUCUGAUUUUGUUUACUUAAAGUUUUAGUCACCUACCAAAUACAGUAAAUCAUUUUAUACAUGAAAGCUGUCUAAUAAAUAUCACAUGGUUAAGAA